UUCCCUGAAAUGGCAGAGGCUCUGGUUAAGUUCUUCUUACAGAGAUUGGAUUCUCAAGAGACUCAGAUGGAGACCUUCGCUGGUCUCGAUGAUCAAAUAGAAAGAAUAAAGGGCUUACUCAGGGAGAUUGCUGAGUUUUUUGGAGACAGAGGCAGUAUAAGUCAUGUUGCCUUUAGUACUUGGAUCGACAAACUUAAAAAAAUAGUCUCCGACAUGGAUGACCAAGUUGAUGAGUUCAUCAUUCAGAUAGAUAGGCAAAUUGGAUCUGAUAGGUUGGCAUCCACAGAAUGCUUCAGGAUUGAGCUGCAGAAGAGUGAAUCUAGUCUUUUUGAAACCAUCCAGAGAAUUAGAGAACUCAAAAAUUCAACCGUCACAAAAGAAGAAAAAAGAGAGAAAGAAGAUAGCAACGAACAAUCCCAUGGAAGGGAAGAAGGUAAGAUGAGACUCAGUUCAAAUACCAUUGAAGGACCGAAGGAAGAAAAUGAAGGUAACAUGGAACAAUUCCAUGAACAGGAAGAAGGUCAGACAUUAUCUGCAUCUUCCUCUGUUCCAUUCAAAUUAAAAUACGAUAGCUUACCUUAUUACCUUCAAUCUUGUUUAAUGUAUUGUUGUAUAUUCCCGGAGAAUUACUGGAUAAACAAGGGGAAAUUGAUUCGGUUGUUGGUAGCCGAAGGCCUGACACAAGAAAAAACAGGGCAAUUAUUAGAGGAUGUAGCAGAAGGCAAUAUAAAUGAGCUGGUCAACCAGGGAAUGCUUAAAUUCAAGGAAGAGCACCCAGGGAGUAGACCUACAUUUACAGUUUCUUCUCCUUACCGCAAGCUCCUUCAUGAAAACUUUAAAACUGGUCAUGCCAAUUCAAAUUCGACUAUCCCCCAUAUAGCAUGCCGCGUUUUAGCUUCAGAUAUGACAAAAAUUGGGCACAGUUUGAACAAUCUCCGACCUCGAUCUUUGUUUUUGUUUGGGAAUCAAGGACAUUUUGAUGGACAUUGGCUGGAUUUGACAUGGGCAAAGUUUUUGCGGGUGCUUGAUCUAGAAGAUACCAAAAUUAAGAGCUUACCAGAUGAAGUGGGGGAUUUGGUUCACCUGACUUAUCUGGGCUUAAAACACUGCCAGGCAAAUGAACUUCCUGCAAGACUUGGAAAACUACGAGCACUGCAGACUUUGGAUAUCAGAUGGUGCUGGAAAUUAUCAGCAGUGUCACCUGAUAUCCUAAAUCUUGCAGGACUAAGGCAUCUCAAAAUGUCUUGCAUAAAUGGUAGUGGGAUGAAACUACCAGAGGGAAUAGGUAGAUUAAGAAACCUAUUGACACUAACUGGUCUGUGUGCUGGAGGUGGCAUUGCAGGAGAACUAGACAGGCUGACACAACUAACAAGACUGGGGGUAGCAGAUGUUGCUGAAGAGAAUGCCGCUCAGGUAUAUGCCGCCAUUAUAAAGAUGCAAGGUCUUCUUUGCUUGUCUCUAGAAGCACACCAUGCUUUCAACAAGCAACAACUUGUGCUCUUGGAGUUGUUCUCACCUCCACCUCUUCUUAGGAAACUUCGUUUAGAGGGUGCCCUAGAAAAGAUACCUAGCUGGCUUGGUUCAAUGGAAAAGCUUACAAAGCUAAGACUAGGUUUCUCUCAUUUAUCGGAGAUCCCAAUGUUAGUUCUUCAGAUCCUACCUAAUUUAAAAAUAUUAACCUUGUGGCAUGCUUAUGAUACAAAGCAGCUCGGAAAAGAAUUCUGCAAAGCUGGUGGAUUUCCCAAGCUUGAGGUUCUCAGAAUUGCUUCUUAUGUUCUUGAGGAAUGGACAGAGCUUGAAGAGGGAGCACUGCCAAGCUUACAAUGCCUCCACUUCCACAACUGCUCGAGUCUAAGGAUACUCCCUGAAGGUUUGCAAUAUGUCACUACUUUGAAGCAGUUGAAGCUGCUGCCUCUGCUCGAUGAACAUGCUGAAAGGUUAAAACCUGAUGGUGGAGAGGAAAAUUACAAGAUCAGGCACAUUGCAACCAUAUCAUUUAUCCCUAUGUCUGUUUUGAGUUUGGUUUCCCACCCCUGCCACCAGACUCAAGAGGCAUCUGAAGAUUGAAAUAGUGGCCUAUCUUUGCUAUUUCAAUUAAAAUGUAAGUUGCUCUGUUAAUGAUGGAGUUUCCUAAAUUUCUACACGCUUUUUAUUAGUUAUCAUGCAAGUAUUCAUGUAUUGUAUUCUCUCUGCUGUUUGUUAUUGAUAAGAGAAUAUUUAGGUAUAUGAUAAUUUGAGAUUCCUACA